CAAUUACUAGGGAUUACCCUAUGAAAAGGUUUAAAAAUCUAGAUGCUAAUUUUAGACCUAUCUUUAUUGAAGCAUUUUUAUACAGAGUAUACGGCUUGUAUUUAAACUGUAUACUUAUCAAUGACUUUUUACAGGCGUUUUGCAAAUAAGCUGCAAAAAUCGCUGUAAAUUGACUACAUAAAUAGAAUACUACUAUAUCAACAGUUUAAAAGGGUAUAUUACUAGUAGCUUAUAAGAACUCUUGCUUUAAACACAGGCUUUACAAAACAUAUAUUACCUUAUUCCCGUCACCGGGGAGGCCAAUGUCCACGUCGACCAUUCAGACUCGGCCUCAUGGCACUUCAACUCAUUGAAGAGCCAACAAAUUACGCCACCACUUUCCUGCGUCCAAGCCUCGAUGGAGUAUGAUGAAGUGCCCCUCCACUUGAAAAAAUGGCGGUGGGAUAGACGAGUAUGCAUUGUGACUGGUGUCACAGUCGCCGAAGGGGCAACAAGAGCCAAAAUGAUAGCACGAGCCGCCGGAUUCAAGACUUCGGUUUCUGGCGACCCAUCGGGAACCGGCUCUACUGGACUGGGUAUGACUAGCGAGUUUGAAACAAACGACUCCAAUGAAGAGAGAACUAGCGAACCAAGCAAAUUUGUGUUUGCAUAAAGGUCUACUAUCGUAGUAUGGCCCAUGCUCCAUUCCGUAAAGACGAGGUCCAAAGUGUUAGGAACGACUACAGAACGGAGUUUCGGGAUGGAGCGCCUGUGGCAAUGAUCGAAACUGUUGUUGUUGAUGAUAUAAAUGAGGAACCUUAUCGGGGCAGCGAUGAAGACAUCGACAAGGAAGAGGUUUGGGAUGUUGAAGUUUCGGGUGUUGAUGAGAGUUAGAUGGUUACAACACCACAGUGCUAUGUCUAGGGUUGUGGCACAAUGUGGUAGCCACUAUCAGGAAGAAUAAGCAACUCAUAAGAAACCAUUGAACUCGGCAAGAAGAUCAUGACGGCACAAAGAGGCCCUAAUAGUCUAUAGUAGGAUAAUCAAUAUUGGGUUCUUUGGAUCUAGGCCUCGCAGCCAUAGCGACUAACUCCAAUUAUGACCAUCUAGUCACAAAGGGGCCCCCUCGUCGAUAGCAAUAGAAAAUAUUAGCUUGGGAUGAGGGUAUUCUAAUUCCUCAUCGGUUAGAGCA